AGAUGUUCUUCUUCCCCAAGCUAAAGGGUUUUCAAAGGCAGAAAUAAAAACAAAAACAAAAGAAAAUCAAAUUCUUUUAUUUCAAAAAUUAAUCGAAGACAGCCCUCCAAAACAUCCCUUUUUUUCAGUUUGCAAAAUGCAAAAUAUUUGAUUCUCAUCUCUCUCACUCCUCACUUCUCACUCUCUCUCUCUGCAUGUUGGUUCGCACAUACAAUGUCCGAAACGUCCUUCUGAGAGCUCCCUGUUUGUUCGAACUUCCUCCGACGCUUUCCUCCGUCGCAUACCAAUCUUCCGGUAGCCGAGCAGCCCCAGAAAGCUCAGUUGACACGACUUCCCGCGUAUCGUCUCUGAUUCAGCAACCCAAUUGGGAAAGGAGCAGUCUUCUCAAGUCUAUGGUCUCCCACAUGGCACCACAAGUAGCCGCCAAGGUUUUACAGCUCCAUGGCGGCGACACCGAACUCGGGGUUCGCUUUUUCAAGUGGGUUUGUAAGCAUUCUACUUAUUGUUAUGAUUUGGAUAGCAGAAUCGCUCUGUUGAAUUUGUUGGUUACUUGUGAAAGUUUAUAUGGGAUUGCUCAGAAAGCCAUUGUUUUGUUAAUCAAGGAGUUAAACAAUAGUGAGCCAGAGAUUACGAGGCUGAUGGGGGCGUUUGAGAAUAUGCGAAAGGUUGGAUUUUGGUUGAGUUAUCCUUGUUAUAGUAGCCUUUUGAUGUCUUUAGCUAGGUUGGAUUUGGGGUUUUUGACUUUUUUGGUGUAUAAAAAGAUGGUUAGUGAUGGGUUUCUUCUUGGUGUUAUUGACUACAGAAGUGUAAUUAAUGCUCUAUGCAAAAAUGGGUUUGUGCAAUCUGCUGAAAUGUUUGUGUGUAGGGUUUUGAAACUCGGGUUUCGGUUGGACACUCAUAUUUGUACUUCUUUGGUGUUGGGUAAUUGUAGAGAGAGUCAUCUCCAGGAGGCCUCCCGGGUGUUCGAUAUAAUGUCUAAGAGUCAUGGUUGUGAGCCUAAUUCGGUGACGUACUCGAUUUUGGUUCAUGGUUACUGUGAAAUUGAUAAGCUUGAUGAAGCUUUUCGUCUGAAAGAAGAGAUGAGUGAGAAGGGUUGCCUGCCGAGUAGUCGUACGUUUACUGUACUCAUCAAGGCUUUGUGUGACAUUGGGUCGACUGAUAAGGCUUUAGGGUUGCUUGAUGAGAUGGUUACAAAGGGUUGUAAACCGAAUGUUCAUACUUACACCAUAUUGAUUGAUAGAUUAUGCAGGGAAGGAAAGAUUGAGGAGGCGAAUGGAAUGUUCAGAAAGAUGCUUGCAGAUGAGCUUUUUCCUGGCACAGUAACUUACAAUGCACUGAUAAAUGGAUAUUGCAAAGAAGGACGCGUAAUUUCUGCUUUUGAGCUCCUUGGUGUGAUGGAGAAAAGACUAUGUAAGCCUAACAUUCGGACCUACAAUGAGCUCAUCGAAGGGCUAUGCAAGGUUUAUAAAACUUACAAAGCCAUGUUUCUUUUGAAAAGAAUAGUUGAUAAUGGUUUGUUACCAAAUAGGGUUACCUACAAUAUUUUGAUCGAUGGGUUUUGCAAAGAAGGUCAACUUGGAUUGGCUUUUGAAACGUUUAAGUCAAUGAGCUCGUUCGGUAUUGAACCAGAUUGUUUUUCUUUCACGGCCUUGAUUGAUGGCCUCUUUAAGCAAGGGAGACCAGGGCAUGCAAGCAGCAUUUUAGGUUUAAUGGUAAAGAAGGGAAUUUCCCCUGAUGAAGUAACUAUGACAGCUCUUAUUGACGGGUAUUGCAAGAAUGACGAAAUUGGAAAUGCAUCGAUGCUUUUUGAGAAAAUGGUGGAGAAGAAGACAUUGACAACACCACACACUUUCAAUUCUUUUCUUGAUGUCCUCAGCAAAGAUGAUAAGGUGCAUGCGGCACAGGCAAUGUUGGGGAAGAUGCUGAAGUAUGGAUCAGUUCCAUCUGUAGUGACUUAUACAAUAUUAGUUGAUGGGCUUUGCCAAACAGGUGAUAUUAUGUGUGCACUAAAAAUGUUGGAUUUGAUGAGGCGAACUAGCCGCCCUCCAAAUGUCUACACCUACACAGUCGUGAUCAAUGGUCUCUGCCUGAACGGAAGAGUGGAGGAAGCAGAAAAGCUUCUCUUUAGCAUGUCUGAUUUCGGUAUACCUCCAAACCACGUUACAUAUACUGUAUUAGUUAAAGGUCUUGUUAAUGCUGGUAGGUUGGAUCAUGCCUUUGAGAUUUUGAGUGUUAUGGUUCAAAAAGGUUUUCAGCCAAACCCUCGAAUCUAUUCUGCGCUUCUUGCAGGUCUUGUUUUGUCAAACGAGGCCAAGGAAGAUGCCAGUUCAUUUAUGUCUUCCACUUAUGCUACACCAUUACUUCCGAAGGACAUUGACGACAAUUGCAUUUCUAGCUACGCUUUUAGAAAUAUGGAUAUUGAACAUGCUUUCAGUCUUGAAGAAAAGGUCAGAAAAUGUGGCUGCUCUACAAUGGAUUUGUACAACUUUGUUGUCAUGGGAUUAUGCAGGGAAGCAAGGGUUGCAGAAGCAGAUCAUAUCAUUAACAAUGUACUAAAAUGCGGCGUGUUUCCUGAGAAGGCUGUUUGUGCACUCAUCAACAGUUAUUGCAAUGAGCGCCGAUAUGAUCAUUGCCUCGAUUUCAUGACAACAAUUCUGAAUCAAGGGUUUGUUCCAUCCGUGUUAUCAUAUUGUUCGGUGAUUCAGGGACUUUACAGUGAAGGGAGGGCUGAACAAGGUGAAGAACUUUUCUCUGAACUAUUAAGACACAAUGAUAUCAAGGAAAAGUCCUCAGUUUUGCCAUAUUUGGAGAUCCUAGUAAAGAAAGAGGAACCUGAGGAUUGCCUUCACAUUCUCAAACUAAUUGAGCAAAUGGGUUGCACAGAGAGGCCAAUUAUCUAACUCUCUUGGGUACAAGCGGGCUAGCUAUGUCACGUGAUGAGAGAUAUUAAUAGGGUGAUAUACGAUGGUUAUGUAUUAGAAUCUCCAUAAAAAAGAGACCAGAUUUUCAAUUGUUUUGUACAGUGGUGCUCUUUAGCUAUGGAUGAGAAAUAUACGAAAUUAGUUUUCUUUA